CGUGACUAGCCCAGGUCGUUAGGCUGGCCCCAGGGCCAGCUUCCUGAGCUCCGGGCCAGUCUUCGGCACCGACCCCAUGGCAGACUGCUUCACAAACACAUGCCUUUUCCUCUACGGGAGCCUGGGGCUGGAGGGCUUCCUGCUUGUGGUCACGGCGGUUCUGUCCACCUGCCUGUGUCGGCUCCAUCGGAGAGUGAGGAAGCUGGAGAGGAGUUGGGCCCAUCUGCCGGAGCAGGAGCUCCACUAUGCAUCCCUGCAGAGGCUGCCCUGCAGUGGCCACCGAGAAAGGGAAGGCUCCAAGGAGGACCCCAGUGCCGACUACACCUGCAUUGCUAAAAACAAACCCACCUGAACACGGCUGCAGGUGUCCUGUGGUUCAUCCAGUGAAGACCAUGGUCUCAAAUUUCCUGGGUCACAGGCUUCUCAGUCCAGUUCAAACCCCUAUUCAACCUGGCCACCAUCAAAACUUAUUGCCCUGGCCGGUUUGGCUCAGCAGUUAGAGCAUCGGCCCACGGACUGGAGAGUCCUGGGUUCGGUUCCCGCUAAAGGCACAUACC